AUGGCUGGACAUGAAGAUGAUAGUAGUGCACUUGUAAUUGAUAAUGGAUCUGGUAUGUGUAAAGCUGGAUUCGCUGGUGAUGAUGCACCAAGAGCUGUAUUCCCAUCAAUUGUUGGUCGUCCAAGACAUCAAGGUGUUAUGGUUGGCAUGGGACAAAAAGAGACUUAUGUUGGUGAUGAAGCACAAUCGAAAAGAGGUAUUUUAACUUUGAAAUAUCCUAUUGAACAUGGAAUUGUUUCUAAUUGGGAUGAUAUGGAAAAAAUAUGGCAUCAUACAUUUUAUAAUGAAUUACGUGUAGCUCCAGAAGAACAUCCUGUUCUACUUACUGAAGCACCAAUGAAUCCUAAGGCAAAUCGUGAAAAAAUGACACAGAUUAUGUUUGAAACAUUUAACAGUCCAGCUAUGUAUGUUGCUAUUCAGGCAGUUUUAUCUUUGUAUGCAUCUGGUCGUACUACGGGUAUAGUAUUGGAUUCAGGUGAUGGUGUAAGUCAUACUGUUCCUAUUUAUGAAGGUUAUGCACUACCACAUGCAAUACUUCGUCUUGAUUUGGCUGGUCGUGAUUUAACUGAUUAUCUUAUGAAAAUACUAACUGAACGUGGUUAUUCAUUUACAACUACUGCUGAACGUGAAAUUGUUCGUGACAUUAAAGAAAAACUGUGUUAUGUUGCCUUGGACUUCGAUCAAGAAAUGAAUACUGCUGCAAUUAGUUCAUCUCUUGAAAAAAGUUAUGAAUUACCUGAUGGUCAAAUGAUUACUGUUGGAAACGAUCGAUUUCGAUGUCCUGAAGCAUUAUUUAAACCAAGUUUCUUAGGUAUGGAAUGUUCUGGUAUACAUGAAACAACAUAUAGUUCAAUUAUGAAAUGUGAUGUUGAUAUUCGUAAAGAUCUUUAUUCAAAUAUUGUUCUAUCUGGUGGUUCUACCAUGUUUCCUGGUAUUUCAGAUCGUAUGCAAAAAGAAAUUUGUAGUCUUGCUCCAACAACAAUGAAAAUUAAAAUUAUAGCACCACCUGAACGUAAAUAUUCUGUAUGGAUUGGUGGGUCUAUAUUAGCUUCAUUAUCAACAUUUAAUCAAAUGUGGAUCACAAAACAUGAAUAUGAUGAAUCUGGUCCAGGUAUUGUACAUCGUAAAUGUUUCUAAACUAACGUAUUUUCUCAUAUUGGAUUAUAUUAUUGUUGUUUUUUUACAUUUACAUUUCAAAAACUCUUUACAAUAAAAGUUUAUGCUUUUUCUUCUUUUUAUUUUAGUUGCCAAGGCAACUAAUUUCGAUACUUGAUAUUUUUUUGUUUUUCAUAAUAUUCUGUGUCAAUGAAUGAUUCUUAUGAACUAAUACAACAUGAUUAUGGAUAUGUUAACAUUGUCUAAAGAAAGAAAUUGUUACUACCAUCGUUAUUACCAUAUGUGAACACUGUUCAGAUGUAUUAUGUAUGUUUUAUUAUUCUUAUGACAGAAUUCUCAAAUUGAAUUUCUCUCAUUAUAGUUACCAUUUAACUAUAAAUUAAGUACGUUCCACUACUAAUAAUAUUGAUAAUCUAAUCAUAAGUUUAUACAUUCCCCAUCAUAGAUAAUAAUAUUCAAUCUUAUUGUUUAUUACACUUAGUUAUUAUACAAAUAUGAUCAUUAUAGUUGUGAUGUAAUUACAAGUAGUCUAGUGAAUGAGGACAUUGAUGGGGGGGGGGGACAAUCAAAUGUAUUUUUAUUACAUUACAGAAUAUCUUAGUAAAAUCUAAGAACCAUACAAUAAAAUACUUUAUUUACAAAAUAUUCA